AUGCCGGACACGGUUACGCCACUGUCAAUACACAUUACGGAGCGAGCGGCCAAGAAGGUCGCGUUCUUUGCCGAGAAGGAUGCCAAGGGUAGUGCGUUCGGCCUGCGCGUAGGCGUAAAGGGCGGCGGCUGCUCCGGGCUCACCUACACCCUCUCCGUGGAGUCCGGCCCCCAGGAAGAGGACAGAUCAUCGAGGACCAGGGCAUCCGGCUGUUUGUCCCCAAGAAGAGCUUCGUCUUUCUGGCCGGCACGGAGUUGGACUUCUCAGACGGUUGAACGGCAAGGGGUUCGUAUUCAGCAACCCGAAUGCCAAGAGCACCUGCGGCUGCGGGACCAGCUUCUCCGUCUAGACCACUCGCGACACACAAAGGGCCGCCCUCCCGCGCUCCGCUGGACGGCGGCCUUUGUAUAUGCAAGGAAGAGGGAAUGCAGGCAACCCCGCUACAGCAGGCGCACCAGAAGCUCAACGCCGCCUUCUCUGAGGUGGCCGGAUGGGCCAUUCCCGAACACUUCGGCAACGUCGCUGCCGAGUAUGAUGCAGCCCGCACCGGCGCGGCCAUCGCCGACGCAUCCCACCGUGGGCGCAUCGUCGCAAGGGGAAAGGACACCCUCGACCUGCUCAAUCGGCUGA